CUCAGUCCCUGCCAUGUGAUUGGCUGCCAGCUAUUAGACACACCCCUCUGGUUUAGUAUUCUUGACAUGUGGGUAGGAGGUUCUGUGCAUGGAUUCCAAAGAGCUGCUUCCUAUCUCUCUGCUAAGGUAAACUUGUGUUUAUUCCAAUAUUUCACGUUUCUGGACUGGGAUCUCAGGAAUAAUACUGACUACAGAACAUGAUUAAUUAUAAAUCAUUGCCUAUUGAGCAAUGUAUGAUGUAUCUCAGUACAAACAUGUGCAUUGCUGAGUAUUGUAUUAUGCAAUUAGGGGACAAGCCCUGUGCAACAUAAUAUACCAGAUCACAGUGUUAUUAUGGAACACAUAUAAAUGCAGCAUGGUAGGGGUUGGGCUGUGCAUGAAAUAAUCUCCCUGCUGUAUAUAGCAUGCAUAUCCUGCAGGGUUAAAGUCAGUUUAAUAAUCAUGGCUCUUUGUUUUGGGAUCAAAUAGUUGUUUUCAUUCCUUCUGCAUAUACUUGGAGCACUUUUCAUACGUCUCCCCACUGCCCUAUUAGGUAUUGAGUUGGGCCAUCUGUACUAUGCAUUGUGUAACUAAUUUACAUUGAGAAUAACUGUCUGUGUUGGAUAUAGGUUGCGCAGAGUUCUCGAUGCAGAGGACAGUGGUGGUCGCUGGAGGGGGCAUUAGUGGUCUGACAGCCUGCUACCACCUCAUUAAGGAUGUCACUGUAUCAAAGGUAAGACAUGUACUUGCUCUGUCCCACUGGACCUGCACAGCCCUUGCUCUGUCAUUGAAGAGGGUAGCUGACAAUCCUUAACCCCUUAAGGACCAAACUUCUGGAAUAAAAGGGAAUCAUGAUAUGUCACACAUGUCAUGUGUCCUUAAGGGGUUACACAAUAAACUUUCAUUGGCUGUCUCAUAGAGAAUCGUACUGUCAACUUUAAAACAAAACAAAAAAACAUUACUGCUUACUUUCUUUCUUCUUUGACAUGUACACAGAAAAAUAUGACAAUAUGGUUGCUACAAAGGUACCCUAUAAUCACUACUUCACGCUGUAGUGGUUAUGGUGCCAGAAGCACCCUUGUGUCUCCCCAAUGGAGGUUUAACUCCUUACAUGGGGUCCUUCAGGUUUUUUUAAUGUGCUAAACUCCGCAACGUAGGGCUUAGCUCACUGGCUGAGAGCUAGCCCUGCAGGAGCUUCCAUCUGUCACUGCCAGAGAGCGGCACCUGAUAGACCCCAGGUCAGUUGUUAGAAAGAGUAUGAAUCCUUACAUUGGGGGGUUGUAGUGGUUAUGGUACUUGGAGUUUUCCUUUGAGCAGAGCUGAAGCUGUGUACAGAAUAUAUGAUGCAAUUCUGCUCCGUGUCUUCUAACAGGUCAUACUGCUGGAAGCAAGCAGUCGGCUUGGGGGAUGGAUGCACUCUACGCGGUCAGAUGAUGGUGCCACGUUUGAACAUGGACCCAGGGGCAUUCGACCAGCGGGAGUGGUGGGCAAAAACACAUUGUGCAUGGUAAGUGAUGACCAGAACAUGAGUUAGGACAUAUCUAUAACCGCUUGUGGUUGUAUCAUGCAGAGCCCUGUAUACGUGGGGUAAAAGACUUUGCCUAACUAGGGGAGGGUGCAUCGUCUUGAUAACUACAUGUUCUCCAGGUAUCGGAGUUGGGUUUGGAGAAGAAAAUUCUCCCAGUCCUGAGGAACCAUCCAGCUUCCAAGAAUCGUUACCUAUAUGUCAACAAGACACUACACAAACUGCCUUCCAGUAUAGGGUGAGUGAGCACGCAACUAGUUAUUUGUAACUUCCAAUGUCCAGUCAAUGUAUGAAAUUAUAUUCAUUUGCUUUUUCCUAUAUUUGUCAAACAGUGUUCAAAAUGUCUGUGUUCCAGGCAUUUCAUCUGGCCGUCCAUUGCGUCUCUCUGAGAAAUAAUGACACUGUAAAAAUGUGUUUGGUCAGCUUCCAAACGGAGUCCCUACGCUAUUUCAAUGGUUCCCCACUAGUGGGAACACGUCAGGUCCAAAGAACAUGCCCACAAUAAAUAUAUAUGUGUAUAUUCUGUUUGAAUAUCACGCUGCGAAUGUACAUUUUUGGUUUUAUUUUUCAUGUUUCCUUUUUGUGUUUUACUUAAAGUGGGGUGUUACGAACCAUCCCUCCAUUUACCAAGCCUUUGUUCACUUGUGGCCUCCGUGACUUUGUGGCCCCCAGAGGUAGCACUGAGGAUGAAAGUAUCCACGACUUUAUCACAAGGCGCUUUGGCAAAGAGGUAAGAUAAUUUGUCAGUGUCCAUAAAAUCUUAUUGGCUGAGGGUUCUUAUCCCCUCCUGGUGCCUGUCUCUGUAUAAAGAAACAGACCUUGAGCCCUUAUCUCUCUCUGCAAGGCCUGGGAGGGCUCUGACAAGCUCUGAUCGCUUUAGCAGCAAUGACAAGCUGAGCGGAUAGAUUAAAGCACUUCAGUGGGGGGAGACUGCGUAGGAAAUACAGCAGCUAGUAGGUUUGUUAACAUUUUAAUUAACACUUGGCAGUUUAUUCACUUUCAAUUGAGUUUUAGUCGACACAUUUUAGUAAAAUUAUUAGUCAACAAAAUUAGCGCUGCUAAGCAGUGUUUGUUUUUUUGUUUGUUUGUUUGGUUUUUCUUUCGAUUAUUAUUUAUUUUAUUAUUAUUAUUAUUAUUAUUAUUAUUAUUCUUUGAGAGGCAGGAUAGCGUGACCAGUAUUGAAACCUAAUACAGUUGUGAAGACCAAUACAAAGGAAUAAAAUAAGAGCCGAGAUUCACAAAUAAAUGAGCAAUGGUAAUUGUCAGGAUUAUAGUUGAUCCAGCACGCAGAAAUAGUAUCACCUUGGACUAAGGAUAACGUCUCACCGGACCUUAGAAAGACCGGACUUAAUGUACUCAAGAAUAGUCAAAAUACUAGCCAAGGUCAGGGAUACAGAAUGAGACACAACGAUGAGGGAAGCCAAAAGUCAAAGAUACCAGAUAUUAGGGAAGUCAAAAACCAGAAUAAUACGAUAAGGAACACACUCUCAGAUAACCAGCAAGGGAAACCACGACAGCGCACUGAUCAAAAGGAAAUUUGGGUUUAAAUAACCCUCCUAGAGCUGUAAUUGGCUGUAUGUGGCCUCUGAUCCCAAAACGUGCGUGCAGGUUUAUGACGUGACGUCGCACGCACGUAAGCACCAUCUUUAAUGUGGGCAAAGGCUGUUUCCCCUUCAAAACCAAAACUGCAGCGGCCGGCGUCUCCAGGAACGCCGCAUGCGCUGGGGACCAGGACGGAAGGAGGUCGGGUCGUGAUCUUCCGCAAGCAAGGUAAGUAUUUAUUAUUUCUGUCGGUGUGACCGCUGAGUUUCCAUGCGGCACCGACAGAAUCCCGCCGCACCGUGAAUGUAAUAUAAAUACAAUUUGAAAAUCACAAUUCCACAACAAACCUGUCUGGACUCAGUGCUGGGUAUAGCAAUAAUAUUAAACAUUGGGCUGUCUGUUCUACUAUCCUACACUCCCAAACAUUUGUAUAUCAGAAACUCAAAAAUAUAAACUGAAAGCUAAGUAAAUAAUGACGACAAGAUAGCGAAGAGAAUAGGAAGAGGAGGAGGAGGAAGAAAGGGGGUGAGGGGGGAAAGUGCAAUGACAUGAUGCCCCUACACCCGGUCGAGGCUGAAGGCAAAAUUAUUAGAGCUAUAGUUUUUCCAUGGAACCCAGACUUUGGAGAAAGAGCAUGUGGAUUGCCUGACCUUGGCUGUCAGUUUGUCCAUAAGACCAUUGUCUUCGAUCUUCAAAAUCAAAUUUUUUAAGAGCAGAGGUUCAAUUUGUGUCCACCUAGCUGCUAGUAUCCUAUGGGUGGCUAGUAAGGGCAUUCAAUAGAUUGAGUGGUUUAUUGACCACGUUGCAAAACGCAAUUUGGGGUUUAUUUGGGGGGGGGGAGGUUUUUUUUUUUUUUUACCCCAAUUUGUAUAAAUAUUUUAUAGCUUUGCUGUCUACUAACCACAUUUUGUUAUUUAGUCAACAAACCUUAUGUUUUGUAUAAAGCAAGUUGUUUUGUUUUAUUUAAAAAAAAAAAACCAAGAAUCCUUAGGUUCAUUAGUGGCAUUUUAUGAUGUGCAAUUAUGGUGUCAGGAAAGUUAUUACCCAAUAUCCUUAUCUGCAGUGGUUAUGUUGUGUGCUUGGAGAUCGUGGACUAAGGCAAGUAAUUACCCAGAAUCCCUGAUUUCCCUGGAACAUGUGUGCUUUGUGAUUUAUGCGAUGAGACAGAUGAUUACCAGAAUUCCUGGCUGCAGUCUUGGUUCUUUAUGCUGUAUAAUUAUGGGUUUAUGCUAGUUAUUACCCAGAAUCCCUGUCUGCAUUGGUAACUGUAUACAGUUUGUGCAUACAAUAAAGCCGGUCACUGCAGAGACUCCUUUGUAGCUGGGGCUUAUCUGUGGUCCAGGAAGUCUUGCAAUAAAGGACCACUAUAGGCACCCAGACCACUUCAGCUCAAUGAAGUGGUCUGGGUGCCAGGUCCAUCUAGGGUUAACCCUGCCUGCUGUAGAAACUGCUAUGUUUACAUAUGGGUUAAUCCAGCCUCUAGUGGCUGUCUCAUUGACAGCCGCUAGAGGCGCUUCCUCCCUUCUCACUGUGAUUUUCCGUGAGAAGACGCCAGCGUCCAUAGGAAAGCAUUGAGAAUGCUUUCCUAUGGACUGACUGCGCGCGCGGCUCUUGCCGCGCAUGCUCAUUUAGCCGAUGACGUCGGAAGGAGGAGGAGAGUCCCCAGCGCCAAGGGAGCCCGGCGCUGGAGCAAGGUAAGGGAUUAACCCCUUUCUCCCACUUCAGCCCGGCGGGAGGGGGACCUAUUAAUACUAUAGUGCCAGGAAAACGAGUUUGUUUUCCUGGCACUAUCAUAGUCCUUUAAUGAUGGCUAAUUCUUCAUUCUGUAAUUGUUCUGUUUAACUAUUUAAUGCCUUAUCUCACCUUCCAGCUCGCUGACAUUGUGAUAGACAGUCUGUGCCGCGGGGUGUUUGCCGGUGACUCUCGAGCUCUGAGUCUGCGUGCUUGUUUCCCUUUCUUAUAUGAAGCCGAACGCAAAAAGAGAUCCGUCAUUCUGGGAAUGGCAACAGGAGGAGGUAGGCGUCUUGUGUCAGAUGCAUAUUAAAAAGAUUAAAGGAAUACCCUAUAGUGUUACAGCCACCAUUUAGGUGGCUUGCCCCCCUUAAAAGGUAAGAAAACUUACCUUCCAGCGCCACGUGGGUCUGCUGGCGCUGCCCCAUCCCCACCCCCCAAUCCGCCUUCUUGGCUGACCUCAGCCAAUUGAAUGCUUUCCCUUAAGAAAAGCAUUGGAGUGGCUGAGAUCGUCAAGGACGCUGGGCAGGGCCAAAUGCCAGCUUGGCCAAUCGGCAUCUCCUCAUAGAGAUGCAUUGAAUCAAUUAAUCUCUAUGUGGAAAGUUCAAUGUCUCCAUGGAGAACCUGAACGUCUGUGCCCAGAUGCCCACUGGAGGUGUUCCUAGGGAGCAAUGUAAACACUACCCUUUUUUUCACAAAUAAAGCAAUCUGACAGUAGAAAUCACCUAAUCUGAUAGAUUUUGAAAAAAUAGAGCAAAAUAUAACUUAAAAUAUUUAGUAAUUCAGUUGUUUUUAUUGUAAGGAAAAAAAAGUAGAUUACAUAAAUUGGACAUGACAGUUUUUAUAUAUUAUUUGACCAAAAUAUAUAUAUAUAUAUAUAUAUAUAUAUAUAUUCUAUAGAGAAUAUUUCAGAUCAUAACAUUCAGUACAGAGAGCUGCAGUUUGGGAUCUGUUAAUUCUUUCGGUGCUUUGAAUUCUCUCCUAGAUAAGCGCCCUCAGCCGGACUCUGAGCUCAUCAAAAGGUCCACACAGGAGAAGUGGAGUCAAUGGUCACUGCAGGAUGGAUUACAGACUCUCUCAGAAGCCCUGGAGGAAUUUAUAAAACAGAAGGGGGUAGAAGUUCACAAGAACACGCCAGUGAAAGCCCUUGAGAGGACUGCGGACAACCGAUGGAAGGUACCCGCAUGGGGGUGAUUUAAUGUGAUAUGUGGGCCAGAUCCUCUUCUCUUUUAAUUUGUUUGUUGCUUUGCUGGGCAGAUCCUACUACCAGAGGGCAGCAUUACAGCCGAUCAUCUGUUCAGCUCUCUCCCUGCAAAAGGUAACAUUUAUUAUACAUCGACAAAGCGACGACAUACGCCUCUGCAUUGUACACCUCAGAACUCAAGCAAAUCCUCAUCCGUACAAAGGAGUUUAUUCGCAAGUCACCAAAUUGUCCUGGGCAAAACUGAAUUUUAAUUAACACUAAAAUAGACAAGCUACGAUUUAUAGCAAAGUUGAAGAAUUUCUCCAAAUCUAGCUAUCUGUUAUUGCCUAAAUUUUGUCAUUUGAGUUUUAGAUUACUGCAGUUCAGCAUGCACCGAAAAAAAACCAACUUUGUGGCACAGACUGCAUGUCAACAUAACAGAGAAAAAAAGGGAAAGGGUGCGCCUUAAAAAGUAGUAAUAAAGAUAGUAUAUACACAAGUGGAUAAUAAGAUAAAGUCCAAAUAACUUAACACUAGUCCAAUGUAGUGUAAUCCACAGUAGUAGGGAAAAUUCUUGUAGAACAGCAGAUUAGAUGGAUCGUCACGGGUGUGGACUUUUAAUUCAAUGGAACUUAUGGGGAAAAAAACACAAAGACGGAACUCCAAUGGUCCAGUAGGUAGAUACACUUAGAUAUUGGAAUUAUGGCAAUAAGGAACUACUCACAAUCUCCAGAGCUAAAAUCCAGCUCUGGUAUGGAAUGCGUGAAGUGUAAUGAUCCCCACUCAAGGAUAUAUGGAGUGUAACCAGCUAGAGGAUGUGUAUAGCAAUGCAGUAGUCCAACAGCGGUGUGGUUCACUGUAUCUUAUUAAAAUCGAAAGAUAAAAGUAUGAAAUGUACUCACAGUUGUAUAGCGUAUGGGUGGUAAUACCCACCUAAGGAUUCUUUGCUUCUUUUAGGUGAUGAACAUCAAUAUAGUCAGGUUAAAAGCAAAAAUAAAAGAAAGGAAUAUGGCAGCCAAGGUAUUCAGAGCCAAAAAUUCCUUUAUUGUAACAAAUAAAAAUACUUUUCUAGACGCGUUUCGCCUAAACAGGCUUCUUCAAGUAGAAAAUAGUAAAAACAUAAACCUAACAUACAUGACUUUAUAUAUAGGGUACAUUAAUUGAAUUGGAAUUUGAAUAUUUCCUCCAAAAUGACAUCAUCAAAAUCUUAGUGUAAAGAUACAUAAUUAAAAAUGAAUGCUGAUAUUAAAUAAGCUAUUUAAAUAUAUCCAGGGUUAUAAGUGGUUAUAAAUAUUAUUUACAAAAACAAGGUUUUAAUAUGCUAAAAAUAAAGUAUAAAGCGAAUCAAGUGACGCGCAUGUGUGACAUGUCAUAAUUCCCUUUUAUUUCAGAAGUCUGGUCCUUAAGGGCUUAAAUAAGAUAGAUAAAAUACAAAUAAAAUAAGAGAAACACUGUUAAUAAAAAAAUAUAUAAUAGAUAUUAUAAAAAAUUUAAAAGAUCAAAAUCUAUAUUUAGACCCUAUGGGGCAAGAGUCUUUGAUUUAUAUACCCAUUCCAUUUCUCUGCUCCCUAAAAUCUUUUUUUAUAUCUCCACCUCUCUAUGGGACACUACAUAUAUCUAUGCCUAUACAUUUAAGAAGUUUUUAAGUUGUUUGUUUUUUGUUUUGUUUUUUCGUGUUUUAAAAAAAAUGUUUUGAUAAUGAAUGGGUCUCAUAACCUUUUAAAAUAUUCUGGCAGUGUUCUGCCAGUCUGGUUUUAAGAUUCCUAGUAGUCAUGCCAACAUAAAUUACAUUCUUUGUAUUACAGUUGAUAAAAUAUUUUAUAGGAUAUGUUUUCUGUUUAAUUGAUGAUUUAAAAGAGGUGUUUUUUAACUUAAUAGUAUCAUCCGUACUUUGCAGACUGCAUUUGUUACAUUCUAAAAAAAAACUUUUGGUUUAGUUAGAAAAGAGGAGGAGCAUGAGGAAGGAGUAGUGGUUUUUAGUAUAAUUUUUUGUCAGUAUGGAUUUAAAGCUGGGUGCCCCUCUAAAUACAACGUGUGGUUUAUUGGGGAUAAUUCCUGUUUUAAUAUAUGCCAAUUUUUUUUGUCUUUUUUUUUUUUUUUAAUUCUUUAUUCCAAGGCAGACCAGUACACUGAAAACAUGAUGCAUCAAAACAUUGUAAAAUAUUGUUACACCGUGCAAAACAGUAUUGUAUGGUAUUUGCAAUAACAGUAAGCUAACAAUCUUUGCACCCCCUUACUGCAACAUAGUAACAUGAAGUGUAUCUAUCAUCCACUACAGCACUGUAUCUCUGUCCUCCCUGGUAGAUUUUUGUUUUACACGAAAAAUAUAAGAGACAUAACAAGGCUAAGACCGCCAAACAUUUCUUUUGUUAAAGGACCACUAUAGUGCCAGGAAAACAUACUAGGGGAAAAGGGGUUAAACUUACCUUUUUUCCAGCGCUGGGCGGAGAGCUCUCCUCCUCCGAUCCGCCCGUCGGCUGAAUGCACACGCGCGGCAAGAGCUGCGCGCGCAUUCAGCCGGUCACAUAGGAAAGCAUUCUCAAUGCUUUCCUAUGGACGCUGGCGUGCUCUCACUGUGAAAAUCACAGUGAGAAGCACGCAAGCGCCUCUAAUGGCUGUCAAUGAGACAGCCACUAGAGGGAAUGGGGGAAGGCUUAACCCAUUCAUAAACAUAGCAGUUUCUCUGAAACUGCUAUGUUUAUGAAAAAAUGGGUUAACCCUAGAAGGACCUGGCACCCAGACCACUUCAUUAAGCUGAAGUGGUCUGGGUGCCUAGAGUGGUCCUUUAAUAGAACAUGCCCCAUCCAUUUCCCUGCGAUUAUGCACGGGCCUCAUAUGUCUUUUUCUCUAGCUCUAUCGAAUUAUUAUCCUUUUGCACCUAUUAUCGUCUAAACAUAUCCUUUAGCAGUGCCAUUUGUUAUGCCAAUGUUUAUUAAUAAUCUUCUUCAUAACAUUGCUUUUGUUAUUAAAGCCUUUCUAGCCAUACCUGCAUGUCAACAUAACUCAAUUCUGUUCUAUAUUUCCGCAGUUCUAAGCCAGUUGCUUCCUCCAUUUGCCAAAACUAUGGCAGCCGAUCUCAGCAAGAUCUCAUCAGCCACGGUGGCUGUGGUGAAUUUGGAAUAUGAUGGAGAUGUCAUGCCAGUUUCAGUAAGAAUCGUUGUCUUUAUUAGAAGUACUGAUCGGUCAUUAAUGCACUUUGACCUUUGGCAGGAAUGACCCCUUAAUACAUUAGUCUUUAGGAAGAACUGGCUUUGUGUCACUUAGUUAGGACUGGUAUUUUUGUUCUGUUUUUUUUUUUGUUUUGUUUGUUUUUUAAACUAAAUUCUUUUGAUAAAAUGUUUACCUUUUCUUGUCCCAAGCCUGGUUUAAUAUAACAUGUAUGCUGUGAUAGAACAAAAUAAAAAAUUCUAUCUUUAAAAGUAAAACAAAUGAUCAAUACACAAGGCUGGUGUACUAAUUAUUCAAUGUGAGAAUUCAUGAUCUUUUGAUUCGAAAUUUGCUUUGAAUUCGGACAUUAAUUAAUAACCGGUAGAUGGGUAGUGUCUUGACAUGGAUCUUUUCCACUGGUAUCAUAAUCACUAUAAACAUAAGUUGACAUCAAUAAUUUAUAAAAAAAAAAAAGCAUAAAACAGACCUGAUAGAACCCAGGAUUGUUUAACUAUGGAUUCUGUUUCAGCUGAGCUUAUUUUGCCUCUCAGGGUUUCGGACAUCUAAUCCCAUCAUUUGAAGACCCUGUUUUACUGGGCAUCGUUUACGAUUCUCUUGCAUUUCCAGAACAUAACCGCAGGGGAUCAAAGUCCACGAGACUCACGGUAAUUACAGCAGUUCUGCAAAAAUAUUUCCCUUUUAUAAUCCUUUUGUUUAUGGAGUUUUGAAGGAGUACAUUCCUAAUAGUUGUGUAUAACAUUAUUUUUAUUUGUAUGUGUAAUCUCUUUUCACAAUCUUUCUUAGGCUCUUUUUACUGCUUGAAUACAUUUACGAUGUAGAAAAUUUUAAACAAUGGCUGCACCCACCUGUAAAAUGACUGUUUGUUUUCAGUGCUGUUCGCUCACCAAUCACUGUCCUGUCCAGAAUUCGGCUCUCCUGGGUGGCAAUACUCCAAGCAAUUUAGACAUUGGAGCUGGCUUACACUGGACACGAAGUGUUUGUUUAAAGAAAUGUUAUGCUUUGCCAGUUAUAAUAAAUGUUAUCAGUAUAUUGAUUAGUGUAUUUUGAGAAUGAGAACUCAGUACUCCGGUCUCAAACAUUUCUUUUUAAUCACUCAUGCAAUUACAGAGAGAACCUUUACCAUUUGCAUAUUGGACUGAUCCCACCUGUAAGGGCAGUCCAGAUCUGAAAUGUCAGUAAGUUAUCUCUGCACGAGAGAUACUCAACCCUGAACAAUUGUUCUGAUACUAUGUUUCUGUUGCCAGGCUUCAACUUGGCUUUCCCCAAGUUAAAAGGGUUAUCCAGACAUGGACCCGUGCUUACUGUGCCUAGAGGGGUAUCGGCUGACGAGCCCCACAGAAGGCUGAAACGAUAGUUGCUGUAUCUCUUGUUGAGAGAGAAUUUGCCAGCAUUUUAGUACUGGACCUUAUGAGUGGGAUCGGUCUGAUGUGCCGUUACAGAAAGCACCAGUUCCAAGGCACAAGUGAGCAAAAACUAUUUUGAGACCUGAGCUGGGAUUUACUGAAGGGCAAUCUACCGUGUUUCUCUAAGCUUUUGUCUGUUCUUAGAAUUCUCAUUCUCUGUUUUUGUUGGCUCUCCCCAAGUUAAAAGGGUAAUGCAGACAUGGACCCAUACUUACUAUGCCUAGAAGUGUAUCAGCUACACCUUGCUGACAGGGCCCAAAGAAGGCCAAAAUGAUCAUCCCACGUUGCUGUAUCUCCUCUAUAGGAUCAAAUCUUAAGAUGACCGUUUUAACAGCUGUUGCUAGCACCACUUCUUGUCAAGCUUUGUCAAAUUCAGGUUUAACCAAAAGUCAAAGUAGUCCCUAUGUUUGUCUUUUCAAAAAUCUUUUGACUGCUUUGAAAUGUCAGUGAACUUGUUCUGUAGAGGAUAUGAUUCUUAAAGUAUCCAUUUGACAGGGGUAAAAUGCUAGAGUAAAAAAACAAACCCCUUAUUAAAAGGGACACACUAGGCACCCAGACCACUUCAGCUCAUUGAAGUGGUCUGCGUACAGUGUCCCAGGUCACUUAACUGUGCAAAUAUUAUUGCAGUUUUUAGGAAACUGCAAUGAUUAGUUUUCACCUCUAGAGGCUGUUUACUAGACCACCACAAGGGGGACUUCUGGACUGUAAGGCAACUUUUGGUCGCACAACUGAUGCUGGAUGUCCUCACGCUAUGCAGGCGUAGACGUCCCGUCCAGCGUCACCCAAAACUCCAUAGGAAAGCCUAUAAAUCUUCAUGCAAGCACGGCCAUUGCCGACGUCGGGAGCGAAGGUGGCGUUGGAAAUAAGUAAGUAACAGAAUCGGUUUCCCUUAAAAUAGUAAACUGUUUUAUUAAAAAAGAAACCGUUGAAACACUUGAGGGAGUUUAUGGCAGAGCAGGUACUAUUUUUGGACAAAGUGCUAAAUUAUUAUUACCAUCGAAGUGGUAGCAACUUAUUUCGCAACCUUUUAAAAUGAUAGGGAAUAUUUAAGGGUAAGGAAGGCCCUGCUCAAAUGAGCUCACACUCGGAGGAUCUGAGCUAGGCCUACAUAUAGUUGGGUGUCUUGCUCAAGGACACUUACUGGUAAUGAUCUGUUUUGCCAUGCUAAAAUCCACUUACACUUCUAAAUGGUGAACAUCUCCACAGUCUGAGGUCCCACUAUUACGCCUUGUUAGUACUUAUAAAGAGGAGUUUGUCACAGUAUCUUCUUGCACAUCUCUUUGCUACCCUGACUCCUAGCUCCAGUCAAGCUUAAAUUAUGUAAUUUGGCUUUUAAUUUACUACAAUAAGGAGUUUUGUGAGUGCUAUGGAUUAGGCUACACUUGGAGAAGAUAUGGGUCACUGUAAUCUAGAAAGUUGCUGCUCUGGACCUUUUGCAGUUGUCUCUGCAGGCACUAUUUGAGCGUUCAUUCUUGAUAAGUGUCCACAGUCCAUUUUGGAGUAAAGGGUAAGUGAAAUGCCCUGGGGAGAACUAGCUUGUUAACUGGAAGGUGAUGACACAACUGGCAGGAUCUAACUGCAUUGUAUAGAUUUGUCACUAGAAUAUUGACAUCUGGGAAAAUUCCAAUGUAACUUUGUCAUUCUCUCACCCCAGUGAACAGUAUUAGAGCAUUGGGGUGAGACGUACAGUGGAGGUAAAUAUUAAAUACUUACCUCCCUAGCAUUUCAGUGUUCAGGACAUACACAUGCUGAAAAUUACCUCAUCUUCCUCACGUACACAUCGCCAGAAUCAGUUACAUGAUAUGACCGCAAGCCAUCAAAUAAAUCAAAUCUAAUCAGUUUUUUUGUUUUCCAUUUCAAGAAUUUAAAAAAAAUAAAAAAUCACAACCCGUAGCUAACUUUGCUAACGUAUCAAUCUGAUUCAAGCCCAACAUAUGACUGUUCCCUUCAACACAUUUUAAGAGACACCGCCACUGAGCAAUAAAACUAACUCCAAGCACCAUAACCACUACUGCAGGUUCAUUUGAUUUACCCGAGUCUGACAGGCACAACUCCCCAUCUCUACUCCAAUCAGACAGUGAGACAGAAGCUCUAUGGUGCUUUAAGUGUCACUUUAAAGGGAGUGUUUGUAUUAUUUUUUUUAAGGUUUUUAUUGGUUUGUCACAAGUCUUCCUUGGCAGUAAUAAUGAAAUGUGUCUUUAAAGCAAUGGUUUAUGGAGGGCUUUACCGUUUUACAGGCAUGUUAAUGGUAAUUAUUACAGUAAGUGUGUGUGUGUGUGUGGUUUGCUUUGGAGUGUUGAAAUCACAUUUAAUUAUUGGAGUUAAAGUAGGCUCAUGUUUUUUACGCUAUUAAUCAUAAAACUUUAUUGUUUCAGUAAAGAGAGGAAGCAUGGUUCAGAGAUGGAUACUGGAGAAAUUAGGAGGUUCUGCUCUAUAGCAUGAAGUAGUAACGGAGCAGAUAAAGUAAAUCCAUACAAAACUUUGCAACAGGAUAAUAAAGUUAAACUUGUCAAAUGUAUUGUUUUCUGUCCUUAAGGUGAUGCUCGGAGGCGCUUGGUUUGAAAGGGUCUUGGGUGACCCUGAUACAGUCUCUGCAGAAAAACUCUUGCAUCUGGCAAAAGAAGCGGCAAAAGAACAGUUGGGAAUUCAAGGGACGCCUAGCAGAACCAUCGUAAACUUGAACAAGGUGACGUGUUAAAGUAAAGUACCGAGUGGUCUUUAAAAGUGCGUGUUUUCAAGGAGACUUAAAGGACCACUAUAGUGCCAGGAAAACAUACUAGUUUUCCUGUCACUAUAGUGCCCUGAAGGUACCCCCACCCUCAGGGUCCCCCUCCAGCCGGGCUGGAUGGAGAGGAAGGGGUUAAACUUACCACUUUCUCCAGCGCCGGGCAGGGAGCUCUCCUUUUCGGCAGGAGCCACGCACGCAUUCAGCCAGUCCAUAGGAAAGCAUUCACAAUGCUUUCCUAUGGAUGCUGGCGUCUUCUCACUGUGAAAAUCACAGUGAGAAGCACGGAAGCUGUCUAGCGGCUGUCAAUGAGACAGCCACUAGAGGCUGGAUUAACCCAUUUAUAAACAUAGCAGUUUCUCUGAAACAAUGUUUAUAGAAAAAAGGGUUAAACCUAGCUGGACCUGGCACCCAGACCACUUCAUUAAGCUGAAGUGGUCUGGGUUCCUAUAGUGGUCCUUUUAAUACCUUCAAAAAGUUCCCGUAGGAGGGGAGGGCAAGACACAAAGUGAAUUUAUAACUUAAAGGAAUGUCAUUAGCACCAAAACAACUUUAGAUUAAUGGAGUGAUUUUGGUGUAUAAAACAUACCGCUGCAGUCUCACUGCUCAAUUCUGCCCUUUAGGAGUUAAUUCACUUUGUUAAUGUAGCCCUAGCCUCACCUUUCCUGCAUGUGACUUACAUAUUACAUGUGAAGAGAAAUCUUUAAUAUUUAAACAUUUUAUUGCACAUUUUGGUUUCAUGUAUAUUUUAUCUCCUGCUUUUUUAAUGGCCUGCUAGUGUCCUGCGUUUUUAAUUAAGUUUAGAGUAGGAGCUAAAAACUUCAAAAAUUAAACACACUGUGCUGAUUGAAAAUGAAACUAAUUUUUUUUCAUUCAGGCUGCAUCAGUCACAGCCAGAGGAGGUGUGCCCAGGGCUACACAAACAAACAUGAUUUAACUCCUAAAUAGCAGAGAAUUGAGUGGUGAUACUGCAGGGGCAUGAUCCAUACACCAUAACUGCAUCAUUAUGUUUUGGGGCUUUCUAAAGCCAAACUAGAUGAAUUAGAGAAACCGUCCAGUUUGGCUAUUUCGGCCUUAAACUUUAAAUUCACUUUGGAUUUGACAUUUCUCAUUUAGUGAAAAAAUGUAAGACUUUUUUUAUCUCACCUACCCUAUUCCGUGGUGGGGGUGGUGUUAAAAUGGAUUGUUGUAAUUGAUCCAGAUUGACUUUGUGCAUUUAUUUUUACACCUGAAAACUAAAUGCUGUUCUUUUCUUCGCAGACCUGUAUCCCUCAGUAUACAGUGGGGCACUAUAAACGGACAGGUAUGGACCAGCCAUCACAUUUAUCAUAGUGCCCGCUCUGGGUAUUCCAUGUAACAGACAUUAAUAAUUGUGAAAUUAGUGCAUUGUUAUUAGAAAGAUGAAAGCAAUAUCUGUAGGCACAUUCGCUCCUUGGAAGACUGAGGUCUAGGUAGAUAUGGCUUGGACUAAAAGAUGUGGUUGACCACCUCUUCCUCUCUUUGCAGAAAGCAUCUUCCACUUUAUCAAGCACCACAAUCUGCCACUCAGCCUCAUUGGAGCAUCGUACGAGGGCGUCUCUGUUAAUGACUGUAUUUACAAUGCCAGAAAAUCUGUACAACGCCUCUUUGGCAAGCCGAAAGAUUAGAAUCGUAGCCUGGCUUGGCCCAAAGACAUGGUCCUGUGUUACUGGUCAACUCAUUCACACAGAGCCAUCAACACUGAAUGAGUGAAUGGAUUUCAACAAACUUUGAGAUUUUAAUGUAUCAAGCAGUCAGGGGAACCUUUAAACCAUUGCAGAGCAGUUCUGAGGUCAAGGCCAGGCAACAGCAGGAGCAACAAAAUAUGCACCCCAAGUGUCCUGACUCCCAUUUCUCUAUUUAAUAGCAUUAAUGUGAUUGUGAGUGCAAGAUGUUUAACAGUCUGGUCACAGCAUGGAAGCGCUGUUUGCCAUUGUCUUUGCAGACAUCAGGGACUAAAACAUUGUCAAUUAAGCAUCCACACGAUCACAGUUGUUCACUGAAGAUAUUUCAAAGUGAAUUUUCUAUUAAAAGGUCUAAAUAGCGGAAUUCGAAAAAUUCUUAGUCUAUUUAAAUUUCCUUUAAAUUAUCUCUUUAGUAAAUAACCCUGUAUAUCUGAUACUCUAAAUAUUCACAAGGCCCUGUUUUUUUGUUAAUAGGAAAAGUCUAAGAUUAUAAAUGACCAUAUUAAAGCAGCACUGUCACACUCCCUUCCAUAUAAAUGAGUUUCUUAAAGAUGGAAUCUUUAUGCAAUACUGUUAGACUGUGUUGUAAUUUCACUAGGGGGGUGGGGGACGACAAACGACUGUGCAGAGCUACCUGGCUUUGUCUAGGGGCAGGAGCCAAAGAGGAGUUAAAACUCCCUUUUACCCGUCCGCACCGGACCCCUACCAGUGAUGUCACCAUCGGGGUUUUUGCAAAUUUUGAGAGUACCGCUUUAAUCGCAGCAUUAUAUAAAUAAAGUGACAUUUCAUAUCAUUAGGAAUGAAAUGGGGAGAUACAGGGACCUCGAUAAGCUUGGUAUGUGGGAAAAAGGAGGGAAUAACCCUCAGAUGAAGUUAUUUUGGCAGAUUGGAGACUGAUCCCAAAACCAAUUGAGUAUAUAGAUUUUUUUUAUCCUUUAUUAAAGAUAUUUUUAAAAAAGCAAACAAUAGGGAGAUCAAAAAUAUGUAUGAUGAGAACCUUUAUGAAAAACGAAAGGGGUAAAAAUUCUAUAUACAGAGGAGUAUAGUGCUAUUGCUGAAAAUCAGCCAGAUUUAACAAAGAUAGCAACAUAUGUACCAAAGUGUUGCUUUUUCUGAGAGUAGCCAGUCGGGUAUUUGUUAAAGUGACUGGAAAGAUAUCCAAGAUUCAAAUUAGCUGAUAAACUAGCAGGCAUAGGCAACCUUCGGCACCCCAGAUGUUUUGGACUACACCUCCCAUGGUGCUUUGCCAGCAUUAUGGAUGUAGUCCACAACAUCUGGGGUGCCAAAGGUUGCCUAUCUCUGAAUAAAGUUCAUUAGUGCUGGUAAUCAGCCACGCUAGUUUUUAAAUGUAAUGCCCAAAUGUCGUUGAGUUUGCUAAACAGUCACGAAUAUAUUCAAAGAAAUAAUAAAAGGCUAAUUAACCAGUGGAACAGCUAAUUAGCUAGAGCCAUAGUGAUCCAGAUGUUAAUGCAAAUAAUAUAUUUUUUAAUAGAGAUGCUAGUAUAGGGUAGAUAAACUAAGCUGUGUUUUAAUAAGUGCCUAAUAUUCUAAUAAACUGAAUUUCUAAGCUAAUUAUUAUACAGCAAUAAUAUGGAGCGGUAUUUUAGACGAUCUAGCAUCAUGUGCUGUGCCUUCGUGGGCACCUAUCGUCUGAGAAGAUUAAGGUUGCUAUAAUAAAGACCGCUUCUAUCAAGAUUAAUUUUAUCAAUAGAUAACGGCUCAGUCAACCUGCAGCUUCUUAGGCUUUAUAGACAUGUUGGAAUAUCUGUCUGCCGAAAGAACGGCAAAAUAUCGUAAUGAGAGAGGAAGAAUGCCAAGGUAAAUAGUCCUGAGCCAAGCCUUUUCCCCUUUCUCUUAUAUAAAGUUUCUCACCAUACAUAUUAUUUUUGAUCUCCCUAUUGUGAUAAUUUUUUGCUUUUUAAAAUAAUUUUAAUAAAAAGGAUAAAACAUUUCUUAAACUUCUCUCUACAUUCAAUUGUUUUGGGCAAAGUCUCCAAUCUGCCAAAAUAAUUAGAAUUUUUUAAAAUAUUUUUUAAAGCAAUCCUGUAUAUUUGUAGUCACCCCUAAUUUUAUUUUUUAAAUGCCAGGAGGUUCCCCCCUGUUCGUAAAUACUAUACUGGAUCCUAAUUUAAAUAAUCCUAUUACAACCAGAUCUAUGUCACUGUACCUAUUAUGAACAAACAUCUCAACAAUACAGACCUGUCCAAACCCAGCUGGAGUUAAAGAAUUAAAAAGUGUGUGAUUUGGAUAAUUUGGGGGAAGAAUGUAAGCAAACGCAAACUGACAUCUGUUCGUGAUGAAAAUAAACACAUCUAAAUUGGUUUCUUGAGCACUUUAUUUUAAUUUGAAAAACAAGAUGACAGAAUUUUUAAAAAUUUUGUGUAUAAGAAGGCCUUUAAAACGGGUUUGUCAUUUGAUUGUUUGCCUGUGUCCAAGUAGAAUAAUGGACUGCAUUUAGCGAUGUUCUCUAAUUAAGUUUUUCACUUACCAUAAUAAAAAAUAUCUAAAUAUUGAGAAGACCUGCAAGAGCGGUCAGUGAUUCGCCGGAGCAUCUAUUUGGAAAAUUCAGGGGUGUCCAAAAGGUAGACCCCCAGCUGUUGUGGAAGAACUACAGCUUCUGUGAGGCGCUGCCAUUCUAAAGGCAUGCAAUACAUUAUGUGAGUUGUAGUUUUAUAACAUCUGGGGAUCUACCUUUUGGGCACCCCUGUUCUAUAUAGAGUAGGAGACGUCCGGUGACAUCGUUGCAGUGUUAGAUUGGUUGCAAGUCACUUUAAUGUAUCAAGCAGUAAGGGGAACCUUUAAACCAUUGCAGAGCAGUUCUGAAAAAGCUUCACAACUUUAUUUUGCCAAAACUGCAUCAGUCUUGUUCUGUACAACUGUAGUGAUGGAUAAUUAUUAGCCACUACUAUCCCCUCCUAGGUAUACCAAGGAAAAUAAACGUGAUUAGACCUUGGUCACUGAGUAAAGUAGAUUUGAGUACGGUUUACAUUUGCUGCUUUUGUCGCCAUGCUCCCACAUGUUUUGGUGUGAUGCAGCAAUUGAUUCUCUUUACAAAUCUGUUUCUUUUACUGGGUGUGUCUAUUAAAAAGGACACUAUAGUCACCAGAACACCUACAGCUUAUUGAAUGUGUUCUGGUGAGUAUAAUCAUUACCUUCAGGCUUUUUGCUGUAAACACUGUCUAUUCAGAGAAAAUGCAGUGUUUACAUUACAGCCUAGUGAUAACUUCACUGGCCACUCCUCAGAUGGCUGUUAGAGAUCCUUCCUGGGUCAUGGCUGCCUAAAAUGCAUCCAAACUUUCAGUAUCUCCUCCCUCUGCAUGCAGACACUGAGCUUUCCUCAUAGAGAUUAAUUGAUUCACUUCAUCUCUUUGAGGAGAUGCUAAUUGGCCAGGGCUGUGUUUGAAUCAUGCUGGCUCUGCCCUUGAUAUGCCUCCUAGUCAGUCUCAACCAAUCCUACAGGGAAGCAUUGUGAUUGGAUCAGGCUACCACUUCUGAUGAAGUCAGAGGAAUUUCACAGGCAGAGGUAGAGACUUCACUGGCAUCUUCAGACUUGAAUAUAAGUAAGAUUGUACUAUCUUUAGGGGGACCACUAUAGGGUCAUGAAUACAUGUUUGUGUUCCUGACCCUAUAAUGAUCCUUUUAAGAAGUGCCACCUAGGCACAAAAUGCGUUUGCUCCCCCCCCCUAUUGCAUUGUGACACAUUUUAUAUUUAGAAAGAAAAAGAAAAAAAAGAUACUUGCUUAUUGAGGCAUCAUCCUAUUUGAGAGAUGCUGGACGUUUUUAACUUUAUUAGCAAUGUGUGGUUAGGUUAAUAUGCUGGGGGCAGUUAUAUUAUAAAAAAAAAAGGACACCACAGGCUCUCACAUUUUAUGCACAGUGUAGGUUAGAUGACAGUUAGCUAUACUGUGGUGAGUUAUUAAAAGGAAACUCCAAGCUCAUAAUUAUGGGAGGGAGGGGGGAUUAUUAAAGGGAAACUCUUACACUUUUGUUGUCUGUUUUCAAAUAAUGUCCAGCACUAUCCCUUGUGUGGUAGGUAAGUGCCUGUUUCUGUGUGAUGUGACAGACACAGCUUUCCCGGUCAUACCUUAUGAAAUCACAGCCGCUCGGGGCACUUCUAUACGCGUGUAUGUGAGUGAUUGUCGAAUUGUGUGUGGCUAAUUUUAUAAUGUUGCUAACCUGUAGGAUAGCAUGGCUAAUGAUUCAGUGCUGUGAUUAUUAAACUUACUUUAUUUUUUUAAAUUUGUGUGAGAGCGCAACUUAAAGAAUGUACGAGAGUAUGGCAAGGUUUGUCUCGAAUAAAAAAAUAAAAAGUUAGCCAACACCUAACUAGUGAGCCCGGCUCCUAAAUUCUAGAGAAGUUAGUCCAGAUUUAAGCGAGCCCAAAAGUUUGUUUGUGUUUUUUUGUGGUGCAAGAAAUGAUUUGCAUGAUUCCAGAUAAUGACACUUUAGGUAAGUGUCAUCACCUUAAACUAGAUCAACAUACAAUAAAUCAAAUCUCUUGAAAAAGAAAAAACAAACAAAGCAUCUCGGUAACGCUCAGUAUUCUUACACUAUGACGUGCAAUAAAUUAAAAAUCUCUAUGUAAUAGCUCUGUACACAGAAACAGAAGGAGUCAAUUAAAAUUUCCCCUCUGGAUCAUAUGUAACGACCACCGACAUAACGAGGCAGAUAUCUGGUAAAAAAAAAAAAAAAAAAGUAGCAAAUAUAUAUUCAAAAACUUCAAAUUGUUGAAUUUAAAUACUGAUUCAAGCACACAUUCCGUAACCGCUUCAGAGAGAUUAUACGCCAAACAGACUGGCGUAAGGCAACGUUUCUCACCCCCUCUUAUAUUCUUCUCUAGAACCGCGCACAGCACAGAAUAAAUUAUCUUUUAAAAAAUAGAUCCAUAUAUACAUAUAUAUGUACAAUACUUGUAGCCACAGGGAGCAUUGCUGCAGUGGAGCAGGAUAGGAGUAGUACAAGGUACAAAAAGUCACAGUAACAGUGCCACAAUACCAUCCAGCCCAAUGGCAAAUUUUCACAGUAAUAUCAUUACUUGUAUACAGUAGUGAGGCACUCUGAACAAAUCGUUGCUUAAAUAAAAAACAAAAAUCAUCAGCCUCCGCCAGGUUCUUCAUGUCAGAUCCCAUGCAGUCCACAGGGAAGAGUGCCCUCUGGUAAAGGUAGGACAUGAAAGAUGUCCAAAGGUCUCAAAAGGCUGAAGACGGGCAUUUGUUUGUAUGAAGUCAUCAAAAAGCACCAAGCAGGUGCAUUAGACUAACCAGCAUAUACAACAUUCCUGGGAGUCUCAAUCGUCAAGAUGGCCAAAUCCCCCACCCCAACCCAUACCAUUUCUGCAAUGCCCACGUAUUAGUACUCCAAAAAAAAGAAGAUUAAAUAAGGAGGGGCAAACAAGCUGCCCAAUUACAUUUCUGGAUCCCAUGCUCUGGAACGGUUCUCAAAGUCUAGCACCUUUGUUUGAUUCUAGACCAUGAGGAUUGUUCCAGGAAGUACGGUUUAAUGAUCUGAUAUCCAGAUUCUCUCUAGAAUCUCCUGCCUCGACACGAAGAUUUGAGAUCAUGGAUGACCUCCUAGCUGCCCUUGGUGCGAUUCUUCUGGAGUCUAGAUUUUUGUUCACGAGCGGUUUCUUGCUUGAGACUUUAGAUUGCUGCAUGUGUUGGAGUGCAAAUUUACCGGCCAUGUGGUCAUCUUCCCUUUUCCCCUUUACAUCAUCGCUCUCUGAAGUCUUUUUUACAUCCAAACCAUCUCCCAUGGAUUGGUUUACUGCAGUUUGAGAAAAUUUUGGAGGCACGCUUUCUGAUCCUGAAUGUCUGGAUGGAGACUGGACCUCUGCUGGCUUUCCUUCAGUUGUCCUGCUACUAGAGUCAUUACUGUGGUGGAUCAUCGCAGGAGGAGUAGGUCCACGCAUCCUAACAGGUUUCUGUGUCCUGGGAUCCACACCAAUAUCCACAGUGAUGUUUGUGUACAAUGGUUCCAGUUCUUUAGACAAUAAUUUGUAAGCAAGGGAAUUCAUCCCAUCCUGAGUCCACAUCCUCUGAGUCCUUAUGAGGAGAUCAAACCUAUUUUAGACAUUAAAAAAAAAAAAAAAAAGGGAGAGAUUUAGGAUUAC